AUGGCGGCAUUUGACGACAACCGCGAGCUCGGCACCGCGCCAUGGAACGCGAUCAUGUCCGCGCUCGCCGGGGCCGGGCACCACCGCCGCGCGAUCGAGCUCUUCUUCCAGAUGGAGCAGCACCAAUGCAGCGAUCGAUCGUGCGCGAUCGCGCUGGGUGCGUGCGCUGCAGCGGGGCAUCUGCGAGGGGGGAUCCAGAUCCAUGACAAGAUCCAGAGUGAGAUCCAUGGAACUAGAGUUCUAGUGCUGAAUGCGCUCAUCUCCAUGUACGUGCGCUGCGGAAAACUAGACGAGGCUUUGCGCGUCUUUGCGGACAUGCCUCACAGGAAUGUCGUGUCUUGGACGUCGAUGAUCGCAGCAGUUGCCCAAAGCGGGCAUUAUAGCUUCGCUGUAAAGCUCUUCGAUGGGAUGAUCGCCGAGGGGAUCAAUCCCAACGAGAAGACGUACGCGAGCGUGGUGAGUGCCAUCGCCCAUCUGGGCAGGGAUGCCAUCCUCGAUCGGGGGCGGAAGAUUCACUCCCAGAUCACCGCCAGUGGCAUUGACGCUGAUCCAAUCGUCCAGAACUCGCUCAUCAACAUGUACGCGCGAUCGGGGCUGCUCGCUGAGGCGCGAGAGGUCUUUGAUUCGAUUCUAGAGAACUCCAAGACCGUCGUGUCCUUCACGACGAUGAUCGCGGCGUAUGCCCACAAUGGGCAUCCCCGCCAGGCGCUAGAGAUCUUCCGCGAGAUGACCGCGCGGGGCGUGGCGCCUAACGAGAUCACAUUCGCGACGGUGCUCGCGGCGUGCGUGGCGAUCGGCGACCUCGCCUCCGGAGCCUGGAUCCACGAGCGGAUGAUCGAAUCGGGGCUUGAUUCCAGCGAUCCCUUCGCAUACAAUUCCCUCGUGGACAUGUACGCAAAGUGUGGCGAUCUGGGCUUCGCCGCCAGGGUCUUCGAGACCAUGAAGACCAAGGAUCUCGUCGCCUGGACUACGAUCAUCGCCGCCAAUGUCCAGUCCGGCAACAAUCGCGCCGCCCUGGACCUCUACGAUCGAAUGCUCCAAUCGGGGAUCCAUCCCGACAUAGCCACCCUCUCCACGCUGCUCGUCGCGUGUGCCAAUCUGGGCGACCUUGCCAUGGGCGAGAAGAUCCAUCGCCAAGCUUUGAGAUCCAAGCUCGAGCAGGACGCACACUUCCAGAACGCGCUCGCUGCCAUGUACGCCAAAUGCGGGAGCUUGGAGAAGGCCACGCGGCUGUACCGCCGCUGCCGUGGCAGUGACGUGGCAACGUGGACGUCCAUGCUGGCGGCCCAUAGUCAGCAGGGCCUGGCCAGCGUGGCACUCGAGCUCUACGCCGAGAUGGAGUCCGAGGGAGUGAGGCCGAAUGAAGUGACGUUCAUACCAGUGCUUAUCUCGUGUAGCCAAGCCGGUCUCGUGGCAGAGGGCCGAGAGUUCUUCCACUCCAUCACGUCGGACUAUGGAAGCCAGCCCAGCGCCGAGCACUUUGGCUGUAUGGUCGACGUCUUGGGCAGAGCUGGGAAGCUCCGGGACGCCGAGGAGUUGCUGGACUCCAUGCCGUUUUAUCCUGAUGAGAUCGCCUGGCAGAGCUUGCUCUCGUCUUGCAAGCUCCACACUGAUGCCGAGAUUGGAACCAGAGCCGCCGAGUGCUUGCUGGAGCUGGAUCCGGAGUCGACGUCUCAGUUCGUGGCUCUGUCCCAGAUCUACGCUGCCGCUGGAAGAAACUCCGACAUUGAUGAGAUAAAGAGAGAGCUGGCACUGAGAAGACAAAUCGAAGUCCACAGGACAACCGGAGAGCUUGCUAAUUGGGAAUGA